GCAGUAGCAACGCGGGUCUUCCCGCUGUUGCUGUGGGGACCACGGCCGAGCACACGACCCCGGCCUGAGGUGGUGGUGGGAAGCCCACCGCAGUUUGCUGCGACGUCAUGGAGGGUGGCGGGGGAAGUGGCAACAAAACCACCGGCGGGUUGGCUGGCUUCUUCGGAGCGGGAGGAGCGGGUUACUCGCACGCUGACUUGGCCGGCGUUCCGCUAACUGGUAUGAACCCCCUGUCUCCGUAUUUAAAUGUGGAUCCACGCUAUCUUGUUCAGGAUACCGAUGAGUUCAUUUUGCCAACUGGAGCUAACAAAACCCGAGGCAGAUUUGAGCUAGCUUUCUUUACCAUUGGAGGAUGUUGCAUGACAGGGGCUGCAUUUGGGGCAGUGAACGGUCUGCGGUUAGGAUUGAAGGAAACCCAGAGCAUGGCCUGGUCCAAACCAAGAAACGUACAGAUUUUGAAUAUGGUGACUAGGCAAGGGGCACUUUGGGCUAAUACUCUAGGCUCCCUGGCCUUGCUCUAUAGUGCAUUUGGUGUUAUCAUUGAGAAAACACGAGGUGCAGAAGAUGACCUCAACACAGUAGCAGCCGGAACCAUGACGGGAAUGUUGUAUAAAUGUACAGGUGGUCUUCGAGGAAUAGCACGUGGUGGCCUGGCAGGACUGACCCUCACCAGUCUCUAUGCACUGUAUAACAACUGGGAGCACAUGAAAGGUUCCCUGCUCCAACAGUCACUCUGAAGAUUUUGCCACCUCUGGACUGGGGGACAUUUCAUAGUCAUCCAGAUUGAUUACUAAGUCAGUCUGGAGUUGCUUUCUCACUUGUACCGACAAUUACUUUGAACAAUUGGAGACUCUGAUUUGCUGUGACAAAGAUCAUGGAUGGUUAGCCUGGACUGCACUGCUUGCCCUUAGUGAGUGGAAGCCAAACCCCUUGGUGGCUCACUGAGUAUGUGUUCUCUUCUCCUUUGGAGAUGAUCUUGCACCUGUUUUCUCUCCUACCCCCAAACUGGAAAACCACUUACUCUCCAAAUUCAGGCCAGACUUAUUUUCAACACUUUUAUCACCAUGUUUAUCAUUUAAAAAUCUAAAACUACUGUUGCCCUGUAUUCCAAAUAAAGGGUGAAAAUAGAACCAAAGUCAUAAUCCCAGCAUAAAAAAUAGUAUCUCCAUUGAAUAACAUCUGGGUGGGGAGGGAGAUGGCUUAUCAGGUAAAUCACUUGCUGUGCAAGGGUGAAGACCUGAGUUUAGAUGCCCAGCACCCAACAUGCCCAGUGGGUGUGGCAGCCCACCUAUAAUCCUAGUGCUCAGGAGGCAAAGACAGUCCUUGGAGCAAGCUGACUAGGUUCAAAUGAGAGACUUAGCUUCUAGUGUAUAUAAGGUGACAAAUACCUGAGACAGACACCAUUGUCAACCCCUGGCAAGGGCACUCACAUGCACAGAUAACUGCCUAUAAAGUGACAGCCCUUUUUCCUGCCUUUGUGUUUAUGGUGCAGUGAAGGGCUACUGAUAGCAUAAACAGCUAAAGUUAGAUUUUCCUACUACACGGCUGACAUUAAACAACCUCAAGAUAUUUUAAGUUAAUCAUUAGAGUAGUAUGCUAGAACACUCUGUCCCAACAGUUGACCUUCAUUCUGUAUAGUAACUUUUUCUUUUUUUUCUUUUUCGAGACAGGGUUUUCUCUGUGCUGUUUUGGUGCCUGUCCUGGAUCCCGCUCUGUAGUCCAGGCUGGCCUUGAACUCACAGAGAUCGGUCUGGCUCUGCCUCCUGAGUGCUGGGAUUAAAGGCAUGUGCCACCACCGCCUGGCCUCUUUGGGGAUAUUUUAAGGGCUGGAAGUUUUCUAAGAAGCCCAGGAAAACUAAAGGGAAAAAAAUGAUAAUCACAUAAUUACACCACAGGGUACAUAACAAGAUAAAUACCAGGCAACCUCUGGCUAUAUGGUUGACAAAAAUACACUGGGACCUUUUUGAAUAUAUCUAGUAGAAGGGAAUCAUUGCACACAACAGAAGAAAAAUAUAUGUGGAGUUUUUUAGGGAAAGGCUAAAAAUAAGAUGCAUAAACUAUACACUCAUUGUAUAUAUUAUUUAUUGCAUCCUUAACCAAACAUUAACAUUUGGAGCUUUACAGACAACACAAACAACUGUGAUGUGGCCAUUAUGCUUUUAAUGGAGAUAUAAAACCAAUGCAAAAGAAUGUUUUAUUUAUCAUUAGCAUAGUGAUUAACUUAAAUUACAUUUUAAUAAUGUAAAAUACAGUGUGUUAGACCUCAAAAGAGAAACUACAAAGUUGCCUGCAACCUAAGAUGUUGGGAAGGCUCCUUAAAUUGUUUUUACCCACCAACUUUAUAAUACUCAGUGGCAUCUGGGGGGACAUAAGAAAAUAUGAGGCUCUUUUCAGCUGUUAUUCAGAACUUUAGUAAAGCUGUAUGAUAAUGUCACUUUGGGACCAUACAAUUUUUCCACAAGUUCUUCCAAUAGCAUAGGCAGUUCAGAGGCUUAAUAGUUCAAAGCAGAGAAAGCAGCUAAGUUAUCUUGGAGAAUUGUGAAACAGAAAUCCUGUUACUCUCCUACAGAGAAACUCUCUAAAAUGUAGCCAUAACUCAAGGAUGUCAGUUCUGUGAAGUUUCAAUAAACACUCCAAGGCACAA